AUGCUAGAAAGGCAUUUGAUUUUGAGGACUACGAAAAGGAAUAACUGUAAGGACAUGGAUUGUAAAAGAGUCCGUAAUAUUAAAAUUACUAUGAUUCAUAAUUUCUUAUAUAAUAGUUCACUGGUUGAUUGCAACAAAUGCGUUCAUCUGAUUAUUGCUGUGUUUCUUUUUGAAACCAUAUCCCGGGUUUGCACCAGUUUAAAUUGCCGUAUGUUGGCAGUAGUGGAUUUAAUACCUCCCUUAGCUCGGUAUCGAAACAUUAACCGAAUACCAACGGUUGCGGUUGGCCCUAGCAGGUAA